AUGAAGAAGUCGGUAUUCUGUGCCCUGGCAGGCCUAGCCAUGGCAGGUCUUUGCCAACCACUGACUCCUGAAAAUAACAUUAUGUUUUCACCAUCGAAGACCUCUUCGGGCCCUCUUCAAUAUGCAGGCGGCAACGCCCCGUACUUUGCAGGCCCAAAUGUGAAUGGCAUCAACAACAAGGUCCCAGAACAAUGCACUGUGCGGCAGGCUGCUUAUGUCGUGAGACAUGGUAGUAGGUUUCCAGAUACUGGCUCAUAUGAGUCCUGGGUUGCGCUUGACCACAAGAUACAAGCUGCAACACAACAAGAUGGGUUUGAGGCCCGGGGAUCGCUCAAGUUCAUUCCAAAGUGGAAGCCGGUAUUGACAAAUCCUGCCUUGCAAUUGGCACAGGAAUCGAUGACAGGAUGGAAAGAGGCAAAUGAUCUUGGUUACCAACUGCGGUCUAGAUAUCCCGGAUUUUAUCAGGAUGGCACACCAUUCUAUGUGUGGGCUAAUCAAUACAAAUCCCCAAUCAAUGAAUCACGAGUGGUUCAAACCGCCAGAGCUUUUCUCAAUGGCUACCUCUAUGAGUAUGCUGAUAGCUAUGGUACCGUCGUCAGCGUGAACUCUACAGGAUCUCCUGCUGCCAUUGGUAACUCUCUCGGGCCUUCGGAUUCCUGUCCUGCAUUUGGUUCUAUCUCUAGUGGAGGGAAUAACGUGACGAAUUGGGAUGCUACCUGGCUGCCAACAGCCUUACAUCGUAUCAACUCCCAAAUCAGAGGAAAUCUUACGUUCGACGAAACUGAUAUACUCUCGUUCCCCUACAUAUGUGCAUACGAGAGUCAGAUUGAAGGCCGCCUCAGCCCCUGGUGUAGUGCUUUUACAGAAAACGAACUGCGCAACUAUGCAUACUCACAGGACCUGAGUUAUUUUUAUGGCGUCGGGCCCGGUUCAAUUGGUCCAUCCAAGGUGCUUUUCCUUCCAUUCCUGAAAAGCUUGCUUUCUCUUCUAGAGGCCGGCCCUGGACAGGUUGGCGUGGGAGCCAACGGCACUGGGUUCAACAUUCCGAACCUUAUCAUGGCUUUCCUGAAUGACAACCAACUUGCCGAAAUGACUGCUGCCAUGGGCAUUUUCGAUUUCGAAGCCCCUCUUCCCGAUGAUCACAUACCAGCCCACCACUUGUAUAAUGUGGCGCACUUUAUCACCAUGCGAGGGACUGUUGCUUUCGAAGUCAUGGAUUGCAAUACCAGCAAAGCCACUGGUGGGCCCCACAUCCGUAUAUUGUUCAAUGACGCUGUUUAUCCUAUAGCCAGUUGCCAGAAUGGCCCUGGAAGGAGUUGCUCGUUACCCGAUUACAUUUCCUUGAUUGAUAAAAAGAUCAAUGAGGCGGGUGACUUUUUGGAUUACUGUAACGUGACGGAGGCGGACCACCCUGAAGCCCCUGCUGGAGCUAGUUUCUUCAAGGAUCUUUCUUUGGACUUCUUAACUUUUGUCAAUCCCUGA